AUGAUCUGGUCGAGUGCUACACGUGAAAACGUGUGCAAGAUGGUGGAGACUGUGAUGACUUCGAGCAUGCAACGUGCGCUUCUUCAACGUGUAUGGGCACGCGAGACGCUUGUGACACCGCGCGAUUUUGGCCGCAAAGUUUCCACGACGAAGGAUUUGAGCAUUGUGUGGGAUGAGCUGAAUGAAUGGGACAAGUAUCUUCGCACUCGUCCCUCACCUGAUGCCAGCAUGCGAUGGUCUAGCCGGGCCUCAGCGGAAGGCCGACUCUUUGAGAUUCGCCACUGGGCACGGCAGACUAUCUCACGAAAAGAGGAGGUGCCCAGAUUUUCCUCCAUUGCCGACGAAUUGCAAGCGGAAGCGGAGAUCCGGCGGACGCAGCCUGAGCUGCUUCACCGUGCACCGCUCGAGACACACCCCUAUGGUCCGCACAACACCAUCCUUGUCGACGACAGCGUCGACAAAGCCAAAUGUCAGCCGGACAAUCAUAUCUGUAUUCCUGACUACGGGGAGAAGCAGGCGGCUUUGUACAAAGAAUACCGAAAAGCCACAAACGAGUCGGAACAGGACGUAAAUGCGCUUGAUGACUACCUUCUACAACUGGUGGGUGUACUUGACACCAUGGCGGACCAGUCGGAUGUAUCGACGUGGAUUCGGAAUGGCGGUGUACGAACCUUCUCCAGCGAGCAAACGCCGGAAGAUCGUGCACUAUGGGUCGAACGUGGAAAAAAAGCGCUGUCAAGGUACAAGAUUCCUCUUAUUGUAUAG